GGAGAGACCUUGUGCGCUGCUGCACUUGGGAAGGUUCGCUGCGCUGAAGAUCGGAGGAGAGGCAUGUUGGGCCAGGUUGUCGCUUCUGGGGCGCUGAGCCUCCUUCGCAGCGGGGCAGGAAGCUCUUUACUUAGUUCUCAGCUAAUCUGGAAUGUUCAAGGUCGAGCGAACCACUGGCAGUCUUCACUUCUUGGAUUGAGGGCAGCACUACCUAUGAGAGCAGAACCAAGGAAGAAGAAGAAGGUGGAUCCAAAGAGAGAGAUAGCCAUGAGAGAGCGGUUGAGGAAGAAAAUAAAAAAAUUACAAAAAGCCCCUCACGAACUAAUUCCUAUUGAAGACUUUAUAACACCGUUCAGAUUUCUAGAUGAGAAAAGGGUGCGAGACACCCCUCCACUCUCCCCUGAGGAAAGCGAAAGGCGAGCUCUGCUUCUGAAGAAGUGGUCAUUUUACAGGCAAAAGCAGCACGAGGCAGAGGAAGGUACAAUCAAAUCCCUUGUGGAUGCCCAGGAGGCAGCGUUAAAAGAACUGCGCCUUGAAUCAGAGGAACUGUACGAGGCAGCAAUUCAGCGAGAUGAUGGGCUCUUCCCUUUUGAGAGGCAGGAGCUUAUGCACUCACCACCACUGCCUAAGUAUGACGCUCCCGAAGGAAAAUGUGUUGACAUCACCAAAGUAUAUACACAGUGAUUCGGAAACGUUGCCAAGGAACUACUGGAAGAUUCAGCAAAUGCAAAACACAGUAGCAUGAACAAUGUGUGGUCAUUCAUUACUUCUGAAUUACCAGAAACGAAUAGAACACAUCACAAGAGCAAGCCUCCCUUUUAGAAUAGGGUACAUUCUAGACAUCCACUAUCCUUUCCUCUUUGUGCAAAGAAUAUGUGACAUAAACAACAUUUUUAUGAU